UAAAAAAUAAAAUUUGGGAGGAUGUUUCUCUAAUUGACACGUAGUCCCUAAUGUAUUCACCGUUCCGGUGUCCUAAUCUUCCAUGUACUCCAUUAAAGAACAUCAAGAUUAAGAAAAGGGUUAAUGGUUAAGGGCCAAGUUCUUGAAGAUUGAAGAGGAGUUUGAUUCUGGAAUAAGUUGGAUAAACUUUGAAGGCUUAUGGUAUGCUUCUGGUGAAGACAUUAUACAUGGAAAGUUAGUAAAUGUCAAAAAUGGAAUGCCUUAAUCCUGAAAAGAAGGUUAAGAGAAUAAUUUGGAAGCGUUCCAAGGAGAAAGAGGAAGACACUGCUGAAAAUGGUACGUCGAUGAUGAAGAUGGAAGGCAAUGUGAAAAAAAGGCCCCGUUCUGAUUCAAUGACCAGUGAUUUAGACGGGCCUUGCAUGAUGUCCCUUCUCCCUCUUCCCCACUUGGAAGAAUCUACCUCGGGGGCCCCUGUUGUCUUGACUGGAACAGCAUGCAAAGGGGCAACUGGACCUCCUGUUGGAGUGGUUGAUAUUGGUGUUAGCUCAUCUGCAUACUAUUUUCGUAUUGCUCUACCUGGAGUCAAGAAAGAUCCUGGUGAGUUCAACUGUGAGAUUGAAAAAGAUGGAAAGGUCCUUAUUCGAGGGGUGACAUCAACUGGUGUAAGAACCGUCUCAAGAUAUUCUCGGGUCUUUAAUAUGAAAAUUCAGCAACAAUGUCCAUCUGGAGCUUUCACUGUCUCCUUUAGUUUGCCCGGCCCUGUCGAUCCGACGUUGUUUUCACCGAAUUUCAGAUCUGAUGGCAUUUUUGAAGCUGUUGUAAUGAAAUACGAACCGUAGCUAGUACUUCAUAUUAACAACCAUUAAAACUAGAAACCACCUUAGAAAGCUGCUUGCAGUGGAGUGUUGUUGAUAUGGGUUAAUGGUAGCCAAUGCGCUGUGUGUACUAACUUGUAGCUUAUGUAAUGUUUCGGACAACGACAUGUUUUGCCAUGUAAAUAGAGCAAAAGUACGGUCCAAAUGAUUCCCUAUUUCA